CCCCGCCGACUCUCGACGGCCUCCUCCUCCUCCUCCGCUUCCCCCCGUCCUCCCCCCCCGGCGGAACUCCUGUCAGCUGAACGGCAGCUUCCAGCGCACCUCUCGCUCCCCGGCACCGUUCAGGACGCCGGCGCUGCGUCCGCGCGGCGCGCUCUCGGGGCAAUCUGGGGGAAGGGCUCAAAGAUGUCUAACUCUAAAAAGAAAGUGGGGUUUGGCAUUGUCAUCCCUUGAGAAUCCGGAUCCUGCUCCGAUGCUGGGAGAAGUCUGGCUGCAGCCAGCAGCCCCUCAGCUCCUGUGAUCCUGAUCCUUUUGCCUUCCAAAUCCACGCCUUGAGUCCGAUCAUUUUAUUCUGUCUGCUUGUGCCACGAAUGGCUACUCAGAGGAAGCACUUUGUGAAAGAUUUCAACCCGUAUAUCACCUGCUGUAUCUGUAAAGGGUAUUUGAUCAAGCCAACUACCGUCACCGAGUGCCUCCAUACUUUUUGCAAGAGUUGUAUUGUGCAACAUUUUGAAGACAGCAAUGAUUGUCCCAGAUGUGGCAAUCAAGUACAUGAGACCAAUCCAUUAGAAAUGUUACGGCUGGAUAAUACUUUAGAAGAAAUUAUAUUUAAGCUGGUUCCAGGACUUCGAGAACAGGAAUUGCACCGUGAGGCUGAAUUCUGGAAGAAAAACAAACCUAUAGAAAAUGGAGAAGAAGAAAAUCCAAAUUCUGAAAACCCUAAAGAUGGUGAAAAUGGAGAGGAAAAUCAAGAAGAUAAAGACUAUCACAGGAGUGACCCACAGAUUGCUAUUUGUCUAGAUUGUUUACGUAACAAUGGACAGUCUGGUGAUAAUGUAGUAAAAGGGUUGAUGAAGAAAUUCAUCCGGUGUUCUACACGAGUGACUGUAGGAACUAUCAAGAAAUUUCUAAGUUUAAAAUUAAAGCUUCCAAGUUCUUAUGAGCUGGAUGUACUAUGCAAUGGGGAAAUCAUGGGGAAGGAUCAUACUAUGGAAUUCAUCUACAUGACAAGAUGGAGACUACGAGGCGAAAAUUUUCGGUGUCAGAACUGCUCAUCAUCACAAGUCUGCUCACAGGAUGGCUCUUUUUAUCAGUCUUAUCCCAUGGUACUCCAGUAUCGACCCAGAAUUGACUUCAGUUAGACCAAAGGGCCAGAUCCCACUGAGAUUAAACCUGCACUAUGUUGUUUACCCAUCGACAGAUUGCACAAUGAAUGGAUGUGCCUGGAUUGGGGGGAGGGGGGAACCACUCGAAUUUCAACCUGCAAAUACGGACUUUUCUUCAGUUGAUCUACUACUUCGUCCUUAUUGUUAAGAGUAAAUCAAGUGCCAUUCUGCAACUGAAACAUUCAUAAUAUAUUUGCGGCAUCCAAGACUGUAAAUUAUAGCCAAAUCAUUAAAUGUAUAGUCAAGAAUCUGAAUCUCUUGAAUAUUUGCUUUGCCUGAUAGAAAACUUCACUGGUUCCAUAACACUGAUUACCUUAGAAAAAAAUAGCUGUCUCCUGUUUCACUUGUGGUAUUCUUGUUUUUUCACAUGUACUGUUUUACUGAAAAAAAGUUGUCUAAAAGUACUGUAUAAAAGGUCAAAACUAUACCUUUAAACAUUUUGUAUAUAAUACAUGUUUCAGAAAAGUGGUUAUUUUAUCACUACUUUUUCUUGUUCAACUUCUCAUAGAUCCUGACGUAGUUCACUCAUUAGUAUGCAGUGAUCAUUUAGCAGUAUCUGAACAAUUAGAUUUUGUAUCAAAGAAGUUGAAAACAUCCAGACUGAGUUGAACUUGAAUGAUAUAGUAUCAUGUGAUCUCCUUUCAGUAGUAUGCAAGACUUAUUUAAAGUUUUGAUAUGGAGAAAUAGCACAUCGGUACAUGUGCAGCAGGUAAAAUAAGAAUUUUUAAAAUAAGGGAUAUUUCAAAUUUUAUUAUGAUUUAACUAAAAAGGAAAAACAGGAACUGUCAUGGAAACUUUAUUUUCAAAAGUGUGGGCUAUAUUUUUAAAUUGUUGUUGCCUUCCCUUUGAAAUUUGCUAACAGUACAAGAAAGUUGUGGGUUGAAAUUGGUGAUCUUAAAUGUGUUGGAUUACAGUCACUGGACUGACACAUGCUUCGUAUUCUUUGAACAUAUAUCAGUACAUUAUAAAAUGAGCCAGUUUAAUAGCAUCACAGGAACAGUCUAGGUUUACCAGGAAUCUCACUGUUGUUAUGGAAUUGGUUGUCAAGUCUGAAACUGAACUAGAUUUAAAUGGUUAACAAAGCUAUCUGACCAAAACUACUGGCUGUUCAGGGUGUUUGGGUUUUUUUUCAUAACAAUAGUGUUCAAAAAUGUUAAUGGUUGCCUUAGGUAUUGCACGUGAAUUCUUUCUUGUUCAAUAAUGUUGUGUUAUGGAUAUUACUACAGAAAUCACAGUGUAUUGUAUACUUUUUUUCUUGUCUUCCAUUACUUUUUUGCAGUUAUAACCCAAGGUAACAGUCAAGUUUAAUGAUUUGUACAAUUUUUAAUAAACACCGUUCUUUAUAUAGUAAAUUACACACCAUAAGUAAAGUAAUUCACUCUAGAAAACUAUUGAGUUUAGGAAACUAAGACCGAAUACUGUAUGCCUUCCUUGUAAUACAGGGGUCUAAUAAGUAAGAGCAUAGGUCAUUAUUUCUAGAGGCCCAUUGUGCUGUUUGGACCAGAUCAAAUCCUGGACUAACAGAUUUGGUCCUAGAGUUCUGGUCCAGAGUAACCAGCUGUAGAACAAAAUACUGUGCAAUGCUUGUUGUACUUGGGGCCAGCACUUUUAGACAAAUAACAGUGGUUGGAGAGAUUUCUCAGUUAAAUGUUAAAUCAUCUGUUAAAUGUUGUCAGCCCAUUAAAGAAGUAUCAUUUGUGCAGACUUCUUUUGUUUGAUGCAAUAGCUUGGAUCCAAAUGCCAGCUUCAGCUCAUGCCUAGGGGAAUUUUUUUUUUCCUUUCAAAUAAUUGAAUGUGCCCCAUGGCAUACGAAAAACCAUUUUUGCCAUUCCCUUCAAAGCAGCUGAUACACUGCGUUUGAAGCCACCUUUUAAAUAUAACAAAACUUUGGGCUCAUGGAACUUGUUCUGUGAAUCUUAGUCAGGAUUUUACAUAAUUCUGAUAGGGUUUACCCACUGUGUUUUGUCAUCAUAUAGAUUGUUUGGCUUUGGCUUAGCAUAUGCUGUGAACCCAACCCAUGUGGUUUGUAAACCAUGAUUGAUGGCUUAGAUGACAUAUGAACCCACCCAGUUAUGAUUUAUCCAAUAAAUCAGUCAUGCCAUAGCACCAAACAAGUCUCAUCUAGCUGGGGACCUGAUUACGUAGAGCUGUUUUAUUUUAACAUGUAUAUAAUGAGAACAGAUUUCUUAAUGCAUUCAGUGUCUAAAGAGUGGCUUUGAAUAUUCCCUUGAAGCAAUGGGGAAAGGAUAUAUGGGUGAUUUGUGAGUCUCCUUCCAUAAUUCUGGAUAAUCCCCAAAGCUGCAAUUCCCCUGUCUCCUGGGAUAAAUGGCUAUGAUCCAAGAGGUAUGUGUGUAAUUUGUGCACCUUCCCAUGGAAUACACAGGGCAUUACUUUUUACUUUAUCAAAAACCCUAGGAAAUAGAUGCAUACUCCAUAUUUUCAGGGCUUCUGGGUAAAUCUAAAUCUGCUUGCUCUUAAGACAUCUAUCAGUACAGAUCAGUCCUACAUAAUGACUUCAUGAGUUUUUCUGGUAUCGUUGCAAUUAAUUGAAAGAUCUUCCAGUACUGCUGAGCAUACACGGCUAACUCAUUAGCACUGAGACUUGUCUGUCCCAAUACUAAUACGGAGUAUCUGGUCUUUUUCUCAUGUCAGCAUUCUGUCAAGCUGAGCAUUGUUAAAACUAAACAUCCAGGCAAGUGUAAAAACAGUCUUGAUUUUACAAAUGAAGUGUGUGCAAUUUCUGUUUCAGGAUUCCUGUGCAGAAUGAGUAGCUAUUGCUUUAUCUUGUCUCAUUAGAAGAAAUGAAAUAUUCCAUAGGUUAAUUCCAACUGAUCUAAAUUACAUUUUCAAUCUCAUAUUUCUUAUGACUGAAGCAUUUUGUCUGAAUCCUCCAAAAUAUUUUAUGAUGUAUUGUAGAGCUGCCUUGUACUUAGCAGGGAUUUUGCCUUUUUCUAUACCAAAAGGACCACAUAAAAACAAAUACUUUGGGUCUGAGUAUAAAGACUUUCAAUAACAAUUCAGUGAAUUUCCAGAUUUCAGAACCAGCUUAUUUCAUUUUUGUAACUUGUUUUAACCUUGCUUAGUAAGAGAGAUUUUCCAAUCAAGUUGGGAAAAAAGGUCCAAGAUAGACUUAUCAGCUGUGAAAGUAAAAGCCUUAAAAUGUUUCUUGCACAUGUAACCUCCUUGUGGCCUACAAAUUUACAUUUCUGAUACAGGUGAACUGUACCUCUACACUGUAGAUGCUUUUUGUCAAACUUCACAACAUGUUAAUAUGUUGAUACAGAAUCUGAACAUUUCCUUGUAAACCAUGAAGAGAGACUUAAAAAAAACAUAAUUUUCCACAAGCAACACAAAGGAAAUAGAAUUAUCCAUUGAAAGCAAUAAAACAAAAUUUAGUGAGGGAGCAGGUUUCCUUGUCAUCAGUAUCCUAUUCAUUGUAGAUCACUGCUUGUGGACCUGGCCUGUGUGCUCAGGCUUAUACCAAAACAUGUCCUGUUCUCUGAAAUACAGGAAUCUGCAGAGGGGCAAGGGGGUGUCAAAUAAUGACUUGUGUGUCAUGACAUUAUCAUGCCAAUGAGCUGACUUUACCUACUUGCAUCAGAUGUCAUGAAGCAACUGACACAAAUUACAUAAUCACAUGAUUUGUGCAGUGAUGUCAUGGUGGUUCAUGUUUAGGUGUCACUGGGACUCAUUAUGAAGACUGCUGCUAGGAAGUACCAUAGUUCAGGGGGAGGCUACAUCUUUUUAGGCAGAAAGGUCACAAAAUAAUUGGCAUCUUCAGCUAAAAGAUGAGUUCAGCCUAGAAGUACAGCUAGCUCCCCACAGUAUGUGAAGGCAGUACUGAGUUGAUAGAAAGCAUUAAAGCAUUUUAAUAUGCUGUACUUUGGAAGAGACUGUGCUUGCUAUAUUGAAGCAAAUAUCUUUAUUUAAAUGUUACAAUUUAGAUUUACCUGUCUGCACAAACACAGAGGUGAUACUGGUUUUUUUCUUCUGUGAAUGACAUUUUAGCUAGCUGUAACACAUUUUCAGUUUACCUUUGUGACAAGUGAUCUGCCAUUUUUAAUAGAAGUCCAUCUCAAAUUCUUGCACAAUGCAAUUAUUUUUUAAAAAUUAAGGAAAUCUAUAGAGUACUAAAAUAUUCAAUUCUCCAAGAUAAGCUGAUGCUUACCAUUAUUUACAUGGAAAGUACUAUGAAAGCUGUACAGCAAGACUUACCUUCUGACUAUUUUUGAGUUCCUACAGCAGACUAAUACACAGUGGGAUCCACUGAUUUUGUAUGUGUGAUAAGGAGAUUGUAGUAAUAUAAAAGACAGAAAAAAAUUGAAAAAUGUCUACUGAUCUUUUCAAAAAUGACCAAAAGUUGCUUUCUUCAAUGUUUGUUCACUCAUUCAUUCAUUUUGGGUCGCAUUUAUUUUACUUCCUGAAUUGUUGCUGAAGAAAUUUGAGUUUCCUUAGAACUGAUCUUGCUAAUCUGUUUUUUUAAGGCUUAACUUUAUAAAAAUAACUUAUAUUUAUAUUAAAGUAUUUAUAUGAAUUGAAAGUAAAUGAUCUAUUAGAAUCUUCCUGAACUGCAAAGCAUGCUGGUUGGAAAUUCUGGGAGUUAUAGCCCAUAGAUAUCUGGACAACACCAGGUUGGAGAAGUUUGCUUAUAAGUCACCCUCUGUUUCUCAGUGGUGUUUUCUGGCUAGCUAGAAAGGAACAAAUACAAAAUGCAAAGAAGUGAUUUUUCAGAGUACUUCUGGGUAAUUCCUCCACACACAGGAAGUGCAGAUUUUAGAUAUCUGUUUUUAGUACUGUUGGCUGUAAUUUAUUUGACCACUGAACCAAAUAUCCAAUACACUCUUACUCUACAAAGCACAAAACUGACCAAAUUAAUGUUACACUUUCAAAAUAAUUAUGGUUUCAUGAUAAUGUAUUUAACAUAUGUGACAAAAUAUUAGCAUUCACUUUGCAAAUACUGUAUUUUUAGCUUAAAGCUGGUUUCAGUAACAUCUGUCCUACAGAUUUACAGGUAAGGCAAUGUUGGGUGAUACAUUUUUUUUUCAAAGUAGCUCUUAUUUUAAUGGAAAACCUUCAAGAACUCAGAUCUUGAAUAUUUGUUUCUGAAAGUAUCUAAUAGAUACUUUUCUAGAAUUGAGAACCAUAAAGCAUCUGUAGGCCCUCUCAGUUGUUAAAAAUCAGCCAUUUAAAAAGUGAAAUACGAUGCAAUUCUUUUAAAAAACAUAUUCUAGAUAAUUGCUUGAAAAGAGCCACUCUGACUGUAUUCCUAAGUCAUUUACCUGGGAAUAAAACAUAUAUAGCUUUUUGGGGCUACUUCCUGAGAAAACAUGCAUAGGACUGACUGAACUGUCUUUGUAAGUUCCAAGAAAUGACAAAGUAUGAUACAAGUAGUAAUUCUUUUGUACGUAUUUCUAAUUGGAUAUUAUCCCUAUGAAAACUUGCAGUAUGUACACCUUAAUGCGUAAUAUUCCAUUGCUAUCUCUUUUUUUUUAAGUUUGAAAUAUUUUAAGUUUUUUGUCAAAAUUAGUAAUACCGUAAGAAACCUUUUUGUGGUUGUAAAGUUUAGAAUAUCAAUAUUCAAAUUGAAGUGAAAAAAGGUCAUUAUUAAUGACGUGGUCUCUCCUACUUAUUAAGAAUAUAUGUAUUUUUGUAAAAGAAAGGCACUUGUAAAUAUUCAAUCUUUCACCUAUGUUUUGUUUUGGAAAAAAUGUUGCUGCUUAGGGAAUUACCUAGAAAUGUUUUUGCUUUGUGUUCAGGACAAAUUCAUUCUGUUCAUGGCUAAAUAGUUACAACUGAGCUAAAUGCAUUUUAUAUAUGGACUUAACUGAAAUAUGUGUUGAGCAUGCCACAAGACUUUCUCAUUAAAUUCACCUGAAGGCAGAA